ACACCCGCGAAAUUAUGGCUGGAUAUAGCGAAGAACAAUUUUGGACAAAUCAAAACAUUCCAAAUUCAUAUGAUGGCUUCGGUGAUCAGUCGCAAUCAUUUGAUUUUCAAUCUUUCGAUCAAAAUGCCAGCUUUUUUCCACCAAAUGCCUAUCCUGCUCCAGGAUUUGGACAACCAACGAUAUUUACACCAGACAUGUCAAUACCAUCUGGAUCGCAGACAUUCGGAUUUGCAGAUAAAUCUGGUGUUGCUGGCGAACCAAAUGAAUUUGAUGAACCACCAUUGUUGGAUGAAUUGGAAAUUUAUCCUCAGCGUAUAUUAGAGAAAUCGCUUGCGGUGCUGAAUCCAUUUCAUGCGCAAGGCUUAGUGGACAAUCCAGAAUACUUCUUCAAAGAGACAGAUCUAGCUGGUCCGAUAGCGUUUUGUCUCACUUUAGCUGCAUGCUUAUUUGUAACAGGAAGCAAAGCACAGUUUGGUUACAUUUACGGUUUAUGUGUGAUUUCGGUAGUUGUAAUGUAUGCUUUAAUCACCUUGAUGUGCAACUCAUCGGAAAACAAUGUAACAAUUACCGCCGUUGCAAGCAUCUUAGGAUACAGCAUUUUACCUAUCGUUUGGUUAUCAAUCCUCGGGAUUUUCUUUUCUCUGAAUACAACGUUCGGAAUUGCCCUGGCUGCCUGUGCCAUUUUUCUUUCAACAAUGAGUUGCAGUCGUAUUUUCUGCAUCAUGACCGGGGAUUCACAUCAGCGCUAUCUGCUUGCCUAUCCGUGUGCGUUGGUAUAUAUUAUUUUCACCCUACUUGUGUUGUUUUAGUCAUAUCGGACAAAAUAUCUUUGGUAUCUAUAGUUGCAAUUGAAUAAUAAAGAGUUUGUCAUCUAUUAUUUAAAGACAUUAAACGUUUUAUG